AUGCCUCAUGACCAGCGGCAACCAAAAUGGGAAGGCAAGGCUUGUGCAGAGCUACGAAGUCCAAAAGCAGAACAAGUGUGGCCUUUGCUGGAGGACUUCUUUGGCCUACACAAGUGGUUGCCAGCCCUCCCCACAUGCCUUCCUGUGCAAGGGGUAUCCGGGCAGCCAGGCUGCGUGCGCUACUGCGCUGGAGUCAAGACUCCAGUUGAUCUCGAGAGUGACCAGCCGGCGCACUGGUGGUGUAAGCAGCAGCUACUGUCCAUAGACCCAAGCCAGAUGACCUUGAGCUAUUGCAAUAUAGAUGGGAAUAUUGGGUUCAACUCGUACAUUGCGACCAUGCGAGUGUUGCCCAAGGAAGAUGGGUGCAGCAUUGAGUGGAAGUAUGAGGUUGAGCCAAUUGCGGGGUGGACACUGAAGGAUUUGGACAUGCUUAUUGGCACCGACUUGCAAGAGAUGGCUAGCAGAAUGGAAGCUAGCCUUAAUCAAUAA